GUGAGGUGCCCGGGCGCAACUGCCCGGGCACUUGCGUGAGGUACUGAGGUGCCUGGGCGCAUGCGUUUGGAGUUCCCAGAAGCACGUGCUUCUUCCGUCUCAUUCUCCGGCACCUUUCUAUGGAGCUGGAGCUUUCCUGAGGUGUGGGCUUUCUUAGGCCCACACUUUUGUGUGGAGUUGCAGCUUUUCUCCCCUCUGUCUUUCCUCUCCGCGGCUUUCUGACCACUUACGGCUGCCAGAAGUCAAGACCACUACAAAGGUUUCGGUCAUGGCCUCAGACGACAAUAUCUACCUCACCAAAGAUUUGGAAUUGCCCUCAGAACUCCUGGAGCUGCAACAGGUAGAUGUGGAGGCGGUUCCUGGGGACACCGGCGGGAUGCAGACCAUCUUAUACCAGGAUACCGUUGACAGUUGGGUCCACGGUGGCUAUCGUUACCCGCCUCUGAUUGCACUGCAGCCCUUUGACACCAGUAAUGUGAGCUAUAGUGACCACGACCAAGAAUUCAUCAUGGUGGAAACCCGAGAGGAGGUGGUGGACUAUUGCGACAUAGACAGUCCGCAGAUCAACAGUGAGUUCGAGGGCCAAGUGAUCAUCCCAGUCGACGAUGAAAACAAUUUCUUUCAGCCAGUUCCCGUCUCUUUGCCGUUCUCUGCCACAACACCACCCUCUGAUCACGGCACAGAGCACAGCAGUCACAGCAAGAAGCACAAAGAAAAGGAUAGUAGCGGUGAGGCCGGGGCAAGAGGCAGCAGCUCCGAGCUGGGCAGCGAGAACUGGGAGCAGAAACAGAUAGAGGUCCAAACCCUGAAGGAGGUGUUCCCUGUCAUCUUGUCAUCCUCAAGCGAUGAAAGAGAUCUUGCGAUAGACAUUUGCGGAGAGACUGAAAACACAACUCCUGAUUAUUCGGAAUACAUGACAGGGAAGAAACUUCCUCCUGAAGGAAUACCUGGCCUUGACCUCUCUGAUCCCAAACAGUUGGCAGAAUUUACAAAAAUGACGGCCAAAAAACCCAAAGAUGGUAUUCCGAGAACUGUAGCUUGUCUUCAAGAAGGCUGCACAAAGAUGUUCAAGAGUAGCAGUGCUAUGAGAAAACAUCUGCACACCCAUGGUCCCAGAGUCCACAUAUGUGCAGAAUGUGGCAAAGGUUUUCUUGAGAACUCAAAACUUAAACGACAUCAGCUGGUUCAUACUGGAGAGAAGCCCUUUCAGUGCAUCUUUGAAGGCUGUGGGAAACGCUUUUCCCUGGAUUUCAAUUUGCGUACUCACGUGCGAAUUCAUACAGGGGACAGGCCCUUCAUGUGCCCUUUUGAGGGCUGUAACAAGAGAUUUGCUCAGUCAGCUAACCUGAAAUCGCAUAUCUUAGCACACGCUAAGAACAAGAACAACCAGUAAAAAGGGAAGAUCCUUCUCAAACUCGAGAAGGAUCUUCUAGUAGUGUAGUUGGGAAUAAUUAUGCCUCUUGUUUGUAUAUUGUUUCUUUAUUUUUAUUAGUACAUGUUUGCAGUACAUAGUGAUAACGUUUUUUGUUGGGAGUUUGUACAUGUACAUAAUUCUUUUUUGUCACUAUCCCCUCCCAUCCCUUCCUGCCCCCUCCAACUCUUGACCCGUUUCCCAUUUGAAAAAGCUCUAUUUCCAUUUUUUCUUCAGUUCUUUUUUUAAUCCUUUUUCCCUUCCUCCUCCCCUCAAUCUCUUGUUCCUCUUCCCAUUUGAAAAAGAUCUCCCUGUAUAAACUUCAUGUUUGUAUAUAGUUUCUAAGAAAAAUUUUAAUGCAUCUUUUAUAGUUGAAAAGUUAUGUUAUGCUAGAACAGUUAAAAAGAAUUUUAAAAAUAGCCUUUCAGGCUGGGGAUUUAGCUAGGUGGUGCAGUGCCUGUCUUGCAAACAUAAGGUUCUGAGUUCGAUUCCUGGUACUAAGAAAAAUAAUAGCCUUUCUAUAGGAUAAUAUUGUUAAGAUACCAUUUCUUGUUCUAUAAUGGUGUUUUGUGAACUUAGGUUUCAAUGGGUAAAUAAUGGGAUUUCUUACGUUCUUAUAAAUGUGAAGUUCACUUGUUGCUUACAGUUUUUUAAAAAAUCUGUAUUUUUCCAUUUGAUCUCUAGCACUGCAAAAGGAAAAAGAUCUUUUACAAAUGUUCAUGUUUAUACUUUUAAACUUUUAGGAAUAUGCUUGGCAAUUAUAUAUGUGGUUUUGCUGGAAGUGGGUAAGUUUUAUUGAGAAAGAUUUUCUUUAAAAAACAAAGAAUUAUAUGGAUACAUAUUUUCCUUCUGAAAAGUUAUAUAAGCUUUGUAUAAUAAUUUUGUUUGUAUUGUUUAAUGGUAACACAUUUUGUAUAACUAUCUUUUAGGUGUAUUAUGCAGUAUCUAAUGCAUUAGAUUAUUUAAUAGUCAAUGUAAACCUAUUUUGGCCAUUUUCCAAAAAAUACUACUAGAUCUUGUUUGUAAUUUAUUUGCCUGUUCAGUGAUAGAGACCAGUCGUAGAAUGUAUUGUGUAUAUAUAUUGACUUUAAGCACUUGGUAUGUACAUCUAGUGUAAUGGGAAAAGCAAAAAAACCCAAAAAACGCUGUUUUAAAGAAGAAAAAGAAGUAGCUCUGGGGCUGGGGCUAUAGCUCUCAGCAAUUGUGUGCAUGCACAAGGUUCUGGGCUUGAUCCUCAGCACAACUCCCCAAAGAUAGCUUACCUGUAUAAAUAUAUAUUAGUGAUAAAGGAAAGGGAGAGAGUGCUACAGGCAUCUGGUGGGUAGAGGUGAGGAAUGCUAAACAUCCUAGAUAGAGUGCAUAGGCCAGUCCUCUACAACAAAGAAUUGUCUGGCCAAAAUGCUAGUAAUGGCAGUGUUAAGUCCUCCUCUAGGAAAAGUAAAAACAUCACAGAGGUGUGUUUAUAAAUAAAUUAUAAUAAUAGACAAGAGGUUGUUUAGAUGAAGGUAGUGUGUGAGCUCCACAGCCCCCCAUUGCCACUUAGCCUUCAUGGUCAAAUUCACAAUAUAGGCCAGUACCUAUAUCUGGUACCAGCUGCCUGCCUGGUGAGAAAUAGGAGACUACUCAGAGAGCCAAGGAGUCAGCACUCCUGUUUGCCCUCACCUUUGUUCUCUUUAUUCCUUUGUUCUUGCCUUGUUCUGUGAUUAGCACUUGAGGGGUGGGAGUUAGGGAGUAGUAUUGUGAAUUAGUUUCACUAGAAUAUAUUCUAAUGCAUAUUGAAUUGAGUGAGUGAAGUUUUGCGGUUUGAAUUGUAUUAAACUAUGAAAGCAGUAUAAGAAAACGCAUAUGAAUCUUUUUUUAUCUUAAAAUGGAAAAGAUUUGCUACAAAGGAGCCAUUUGACCAUAUCAAAUUUUUUUUUCUGGAACCGGGGAUUGAACUCAAAACCUUGCGCUUCCAAGGCAGGCGCAUUACCACUAAGCUAAAUCCCCGGCCCCUUUAUCAAAAUUUUUAAUGCCAUAUAGGUAAAACAAGCAAAAUAAACUUAGGGAUGAAACUUUUAAUACCGGUUACAAAGGACCAAGUUCCUCAGUGCAUAUAAGUAAUAAUAUGUGCAAAUUAGUCUUGUAAAAAGACAGGCUAGCCGAACAUGGUGGUGUAUGCCUGUAAUCCCAGCACUCAGGAGGCUGAGGCACGAGGAU